AUUUUGGUAAAAGUUCACCGGAAGUUGUCGCACAUGACUAAACUUGACGCGAGUGCUUCUGGAGCAUCACAACAUUGAAUAGCUGCCUUGUUCCGAAGUCGGAAAGCAUCGCGCUGGUCUUCGAUGAAGUGUGUGUGAGAGCAGGCGAUGUCCACUAUGGUGUAUCCACGUGAAGAAGCCCUGGAGCAACUGAGCCAGGAUGAGAUCGUCCUCAACACCAAGGCUGUCAUGCAGGGUCUGGAGACGCUGCGCGGCGAGCACGCCCAGCUCCUCAACUCUCUGCUGGACUGCACCCAGGCGCCCGUCACCCAGGAGAAGUCCGGGUUGCUCCGGAAGAACCUGGAAGACAUCGAGCUGGGUCUCGGAGAGGCACAGGUCAUCAUUGCUCUCUCCAGCCACCUGAGCGCUGUAGAGUCGGAGAAGCAGAAGCUGCGUGCUCAGGUGCGCCGCCUUUGCCAGGAGAACCAAUGGCUGCGGGAUGAGCUGGCGGGAACGCAGCACAAGCUGCAGCGCAGCGAGCAGAAUGUGGCCCAGCUGGAGGAGGAGAAAAAACACCUGGAGUUUAUGAACCAGAUCAAGAAGUUGGACGAUGACGUCUCUCCAUCAGAGGAGAAGAACCAGAGUUCAGGAGGAGGAGGAGACUCUUCAAAAGACAGUCUGGAUGAUCUAUUCCCAAAUGAUGAUGACCAGGGACCAGCCCAGCCCAGCGGGGAGGUGGCUGCCCAGCAGGGGGGCUACGAGAUCCCAGCUCGCCUCAGGACCCUACACAACCUGGUGAUCCAGUACGCCUCUCAGGGGAGGUACGAGGUCGCCGUGCCGCUGUGCAAACAAGCUCUGGAGGACCUGGAGAAGACCUCCGGUCACGAUCACCCAGAUGUGGCCACCAUGCUCAACAUCCUGGCCUUGGUGUACAGAGACCAAAACAAAUAUAAAGAAGCAGCUCACCUGCUGAAUGAUGCCCUGGCCAUCAGAGAGAAGACUCUAGGGAAGGACCACCCAGCUGUGGCCGCCACCCUCAACAACCUGGCUGUUCUGUACGGCAAGAGAGGCAAGUACAAGGAAGCCGAGCCCCUCUGCAAGAGGGCGCUGGAGAUCAGAGAGAAGGUGCUGGGCAAGUACCAUCCAGACGUGGCCAAGCAGCUGAACAACCUGGCCCUGCUGUGCCAGAACCAGGGCAAAUACGACGAGGUGGAGUACUACUACAGGCGGGCCCUGGAGAUCUACGAGUCCAAGCUGGGAGCAGAUGACCCAAAUGUAGCCAAGACCAAAAACAACCUGGCAACGUGCUACCUGAAGCAAGGCAAGUUCAAAGAUGCUGAGGUUCUGUACAAAGAGAUCCUGACCCGGGCCCACGAGAAAGAGUUUGGAUCCGUCAACAACGACAACAAACCCAUCUGGAUGCAUGCAGAAGAGAGAGAGGAGAGCAAGGGCAAACGCAAGGACUCCAUUCCAUAUGUGGAGUACGGGAGCUGGUACAAGGCCUGCAAGGUGGACAGUCCGACUGUGAACACGACGCUGAAAAGCCUGGGAGCCUUGUACCGUCGUCAGGGGAAACUGGAGGCAGCAGAGACGCUGGAGGAGUGCGCUAGCAAGACACGCAAACAGGGUAUUGAUGCCAUUAAUCAGAGCAAGGUGGUGGAGCUGCUGAAGGACGGAGGAGCUGGAGGCAGCGACAGGCGACACAGCCGGGAAGGAGUCAAUGGGCAGCGGGGGGAGGGAGAGGGCGACGACUCUGCUGAGUGGAACGGGGUAAGCUCCUCAGUUAAAACAGAUUCUCUCUUUUUCCUAAUGUUUCACAAAUCUGUUGAGUUUUUGUUUUUUUUCUUUUCCCAGGACGGUAACGGGUCUUUGCGUCGCAGCGGCUCCUUUGGGAAAAUCAGAGACGCCCUGAGGAGGAGCAGUGAGAUGCUGGUGAAGAAACUGCAGGGUAGCGGACCUCAAGAGCCUCGUAACCCGGGAAUGAAGAGAGCUAGCUCCUUGAACUUCCUCAAUAAGAGCAGUGAGGAGACCACACAGGAUGCUAACUCCGGCCUCUCAGACAGCAGGGGACUCAGCUCUAGCAAUGUGGACCUGACCAGACGCAGCUCCCUGAUUGGCUAGAGAGAAUCCAGACAAGGAAAGGCCCCCACCUCGGUUUGAUCUAUCGCUCCUGCAGCAUCUUUUCUUUUUUUUAAUGACUAUGGAAAAAAUGGUUUACCGCACUUGAUGUAGCUGUUGCUGCCUUGCUGUACAAACGCUGUCAUCAAUUAGAAAAGUCAAUAUUUAUAUUUAGACACAACAUACACACGUGUUGUUUACUAGAAAGUGGAGCGUCUGCACCUGAAAGAGUGAGGCGUUCAGGUGCAGACGCUCUGCUUUUGGUAUACCGCCAACACAUCGCACUUCGUAUGUUUAAGUGUUAGCAUGACGUAGCUGCUGAUGCUAACCAUCCACUGGGUGCACUUCAGGUUUAAGGAACAAAAAAACACAAAUACAGUCAUGUUUCUGGGACGUUCAAAGAAACCUCAACAUCGUUUCAAUCUCUCUCUCUCUCUCCCUCUCUCUCUCUCUCUCUCUCUCUCUCUCUCUCUCUCUCUCUCUCUCUCUCUCUCUCUCUCUCUCUCUCUCUCUCUCUGCCUUGUUGUUUUUCUAUGUAAAUACAGUUUUAAAUUAUUGUUUCAGUCUGUGUGUGUCGUACAUGUUAUUUUUUACACUUUAUUGGAUUAAAGAGGGUCCUAACUGGAACAAAUACACUAUCUGAUGGGAGGAGACUGGAAACGAAUGAGGGAUGAUGGCAAGGUCAAAGGAAAGUACACAAAUGGUUUAUUAGGUUGUUGUUUGAAUGAAAACUUUAAAUAUUUUUACCUCGAUUUACUGAAAGGUUUCAGUCUAAUCUGCCCACGUGAGCGUGCUGGAUGUUUGUUCUCUGCUGGGGUCUCGAAGCUUUUGUCUCCACAUCUAAGGAGUUCUUACCUCGUUCAGUUCUUCAGGAUCUUACACUGUAAAAAACAAUGUGCUGCUUUAUCUCUGAUUAAUGCAGAAAGUAAAUGCUAAACUCUGAUGUAAGUUAUGGAUCAUUUUUAGGGUCUGAAUGACGUAAUAAUAAAAUAAAAACGGGAUCAUGAGAUCAGAAUGUUCAAUCUAUUUUAUUUUUUAAGCAGAUGCAUCAGCUGCUGUAUAUUUGUUUAAUGUGUCCCUCUCUUUUAGUUUGUGUCUUUUUGCACACGUUGAUCCUCUUUGCUUUUUUUUACUUGAUGGAUCAAACCCGACAAUCCAUCCUCGGAAUUUACUUUUCCUUUAUUCGUGACGCUGAGCUUUUAUUUUGAAGGGACAGACUACUGAUGAUCAGAAUGAUCAUUUUCAUGUGUACUCUGAUGUUUUUACACAAUUGCGAACGCAAGAAAUGGAAAAAAUAUCAGAACAGUUUCUCACAGAAUGUGCUUGUCUUAUCAAAAUAAAGUCAGACGAAAGUGA